AUGAAAUCACUUGAGAUUGAGAUCUAUACUUGCGAUGAGAAGUCCAUCGCAAAAGUGAUAACAGGUUGGAUUAGCUCUUUGAAGUCAUCUCGAGAACUAUUUAAUCAAAUGAAACAAAUUGGUAUUAAUUGCUGUAAACUCAAGAGUUUCUCAAUUAAUAGCUCUAAUAUGAAUUCCGAUGAAUGCUAUGAAUAUGUGAUGCAAACAAUUAACAACAACUUCACACAAAUAAAGCGAUUGAGAAUCAGUGGUAAUCUCUACGGAAAGGCAAAGGAAGAGGAUGAUAACCACAAUAUGAUUAAUGAGACCUUAAGAAGUCAUUUAUUGGAUAAAUGCAAACGAUUAACACAUUUCACGUUUACUGUCAAGUGGUAUUUGAAUGACUCGUUUUUCGAUAACAUUGGCCAACAUUUACCAAAACUCCAGUACUUGUCGUUUGAAAACUACGAUACAAGUGAUGAGGUAUUGAAUGAGUUGUCAAAACUGACACAUUUAAGGGCAAUUAAAGUAGGGACGGAUGACAGGGGUUUCGACAAUGAACAAGAAUACCUGGGCAAACAUUGUCCUAAAUUUGUUGAUGCCUAUUACAAAUAUUUCUGUACCGAUUAA